UUAUUAUUAUCCAAAAACUCUCUCUGUCUCUCUCAAGUCAAAUCCCUUAAACCUCACUGUACUAGUACAAAUACUAAACAUUGCUCCAAUAUAUAAUCUGUUACUCUCUCACAAGACUCACUCUUCUUCUCUGUCUUUCACGCACAUUCACAUUAAUUAGAGAGUAGCUAGGCGCACACAAACACACACACACACACACACAAAUAAGAACAUCUCUCUGUCUCUGUCUCUGUCUCUCAAGUUGAACGGACCAAGCUAGCUAGCUGAUCACUUCUUAACUCAGAAAUCUGUAAAGUGAAAGCCAUGCGGCAAAUGAAAGUAGAAGAGAAAGAGAAAGAGAAAAAGGCCAAGUUCCAAAUGAACGACCACAUAGACAUCCUGAUAGAGGUGCUGAAACGCCUCGACGGCCCUUCACUCGGCGUCGCCGCCUGUGUCUGCCGCCUGUGGUGCACUCUCACUCGCUCAGACUCCCUCUGGGAACAUCUCUGCUUCCGCCACGUCUCCUCUCCACCUCCUUCCUCUGUACGACCUGUCGUCGUUGCCCUCGGUGGCUACAAGCGCCUCUACAUGGUCUGCGUUAGACCCGUACUGAGUAGACUCCGAAACUCCGACUCUGAACUCGUCUGGACUCGUGACGAGGUGCAACUCUCACUCUCUUUGUUCUGUGUUGAUUAUUACGAAAGGAGACUCGGUGGUGGUGCCACUUCAGCUUCCUCCCUCAUGUUCCUCUGCAACCCUGUCAACGUCUAAUUUUUCUUUUUCUUUUCCUUUUUUUCCCUCUUUUGAAAAAGGUAUUAUUAUAAUUAUUAUUUAUUUUUUUCAUUAGAUUUAUUAUUUGGGACAAAAUAAAAUCCACUAGGGUAGUUUUUUUUUCUAUGGGUCUUGUUAAUGGGUGUCUAAAUGCACUUGUUAAGAUAAGAUUUAAUAAUAUUGAGUUAUCUUUUGUUUAAA